AUGAGCAGUUGGGAAUACAGACAAUUACCGAACCUAUCUGAGCAACUAGGAAGCUCGGCUAUUUCUAUGGAUAUGUAUGGUGGAAUGAAAAUCCAAAAAACGACAAAAAUUGCUUGUCGAAAAUGUGGUUAUCCAGGCCAUCUUCCGUUUCAAUGUUACAAUUUUCUGCGACCUAAAGAAGAAAGCUGUGCAAAUAUCUCUUCCACAAGUUCAGAAUCUGACUACGAAACGCCACUUACUGCUAAAGAAAAUAAACAGAAGAUGAAACGAAGAAGCGAGAAACAUAAUCAUCACAAACACCAUAAAAGGCGAAAAAGGACUCAUAGUAGUUCGACAAAGCAUAAGAUCAAGAAAAAGAGAGAGAAGCGCCCUGAAUCAUCGACUGUAUUGCCAUCAAACUUAAAAACGAAAACUGGAACUAAAUGUUUAUAG